GUCCACGGGGGUAAAGACCAGUCCCAGCCAUCGACGAUGAAGGCCGCCCUCCAAACGCUCAAGGUUAUCUGGAAUCAGAAGGUCACUGAAGAGCUGGAAAAGGAACUGUCGAGCGUGGAGCAAAGCCUGCACUUACACGCAACCGUCUCCGUCAAGAUCAAACUGGAAAAGGGCGCAAUCCAGUUGAACGACGCCCUGGCAACUCUCGACGCCCGCACCAAGAGCUUGCUCACUUCCAAGUCGUUCUUGGCUAAUUUCAGCCAACUAAAUGCCCACUGCGAGGAAAUACUGGAGCGCCAGAGCCGGACCGACCAACUUGCAACAAGUCGUCACCACGAACUUCUCGCCUCUCUUAACACGGUUCGCGGAGAACCCUACACACGGGGGUUCAGCGAAUGGCGGCUGAAACACGAGCAAGGCAACCUCAUCCAGGACCAAAUCCUGGCAUCCCUAUGGUUUCCUCUCAUGCCCGACCGGGAGGAAAGCAUCCUCAGCGCAUACCAUGAGACGUUCGAGUGGCCGGGAUCAGGAAAAAGCACGCUCAUGAAAUUCAUCUCGCGUCAUCCAACCACAAAACACCUCCUCCAAGAAUGGGCAGGCGGAGAAGAUCUUGUGAUAGCCGGUUUCUUCUUCCACUACAUGGGUUCUGGCCUCCAAAAGUCCGAGCUUGGCGCUUUUCGUGGCCUACUCUACCAUAUCCUCUCCCAACGACGCGACCUAAUCCAGGUGGCUUUCCCGGAAAGAUUCAGAGCACUGAGUUUGUCGAAGGACUGGCCUGUCCCGUUUGAGCCCACCGUCAUCGAGCUCAAGACAGCCCUCCAUACGGUUAUCCAGGACGCCCCGUCCACCCACCUAUUCCUCCUUGUCGAUGGUCUCGACGAGUAUAAUGCCGACAGUGCACAUCUGGAAGGUUUGGUCACCACAUUGCGGAGUCUCUCCACCUCCCCGAAUGUGAAAGUCCUUCUAUCCAGCAGACCCUGGAUUGUCUUCGAACGGGCGUUUGCAAAUUGCCCACGCCUACAAGUGCAUGAUCUUACCCGACCGGACAUCGCCCGUUUCGUUACAGACAAGUUCAGGCAGCAUCAGCGGCUCUGGGACCUCAUGCCUGGAUAUGAGAGAGCGAAGGAGAGCCUCGUGAUCGAGGUCGUAAAUGCGUCAUGCGGUGUGUUCCUUUGGGUUCGCCUCGCUGUCCACUCAGAUCCCUCAACACUACCGCACCCAGGCGGCACGUCUUCUCUUACUCGUGGAAUGCAACAUCAAGGUUGGCCCUCUCAACCAGGAACUGCACCUCAGAUCAUUGGCGUUCGCUGAGAUAGAUGGCCCAGAACUGCCCUUCUCGGCUGCAGUCAAACCAUUGAAGGAGGC